AUGUUUAGACAGGCGAAGGGCAGAACUCCUCGAAGACCUCCCAAGAAGCCUGCCAGUAAUCAGAGCGACCCAGUUGGGGUAUGGUGCCGGGUGAAACCUCUAGAAGCUGGGGAUGAGGAAUGCUGCAUUGAAGUGCUCAGCAGUACCACCAUUCAGCUGCAUGCACCGGAAGGGCUCAAAGUGAAUCGGAAUGGCGAGUUGAAAGAGACACAACAUUCCUUCAAGAAGGUGUUUUCAGUUGCAACAUCUCAGUUUGAGCUAUUUAUGGAGGUGGCCAAACCUCUUGUGGAUGACCUCAUUCAUUGUAAAAAUGGGCUGCUUUUUACAUAUGGGAUCACAGGAAGUGGCAAGACAUUCACGAUGACUGGCACCCCUGGCCAGGGUGGACUUCUACCUCGUUCCCUCGACAUGAUCUUCAACAGCAUAGGUCCCUACCAGGCCAAAAGAUUUGUUUUUAAGGUAGAUGAUAAGAAUGGUUUGGAGGUACAGAACCAAGGUGAUGCUUUAUUGGAGCGCCAGAGGCUGGGCAACCAGUCAACUGUACCGAAAACCCCCUCCUCUAGACAAAAGCUUGAUCCUGAAUUUGCUGACAUGAUUAAGCCGGAGGAGGCGUGCAAGGCAGAGGGUGUUGAUGAGGAUAGUAGUUACAGUGUCUUUGUCUCCUACAUUGAAAUCUACAAUAACUACAUCUAUGACCUACUUGAUGAAACACCCUAUGAUCCAGUCAAGCCAAAGUAAAUAAAAUAUUUCUAUUUUGUUCGGUGGAAUGGUGGAGGCACACCUGUACAGCAGAACAUUGAGUUCAUAGCAACUCAAUCUAAAAUUCUCCGAGAGGAUCAAAACCACAAUAUGUAUGUGGCUGGAUGCACAGAGGUUGAAGUCAAAUCAACUGAGGAGGCCUUUGAGGUUUUCUUGAGAGGUCAGAAAAAGAGAAGGAUUGCAAACACCCAGCUGAAUAGAGAGUCCAGCCGCUCCCACAGUGUUUUCACCAUCAAAUUGGCACAGGCUCCCCUGGAUGCAGAUGGAAGCAACAUUCUACAGGAUAAGAACCAGGUGACUGUGAGUCAGCUCUGCCUGGUAGACCUGGCAGGAAGUGAGCGCACCAGUAGGACCAGGGCAGAAGGCAGUCGUCUACGUGAAGCAGGAAACAUAAAUCAGUCCUUGAUGACAUUGCGGACAUGUAUUGAGGUGCUUCGUGAAAACCAGAAGUGUGGCAUCAACAGGAUGGUCCCCUACAGAGACUCUAAAAUAACACAUCUAUUUAAGAACUACUUUGAUGGAGAGGGCAAAGUUAGAAUGGUUGUGUGUGUCAACCCCAUGGCUGACGACUAUGAGGAAAGCAUGCUGGUGAUGCGUUUUGCAGAGAUGACCCAGGAGGUGGAAGUUGCCCGACCAAUGGACCGGUCCAUCUGUGGCCUGGCUGCAGGCCGGCGUCAGAGAAACCAGGCCUUCAAAGAGGAACUCUCUCGAAGACUGGAAGAGCGUGGUGGUCCAAUAGACAGAGAUGUACCCAUCGUUAUAAGCCAGCUAGUGCACAGCUUUCCCCCACUACCUUCUUGUGAGCUGACUGAUCCUCAUGAUGACAUCACCCUGCCCAGGGUGAUUGAGGUUCUGGAGCAGAGGCAGAGAAUCCGACAGAAGAUAAUUGAAGAGUACAACAGAGCAGCCAACGCGAUAAAGACUGUACUUCAGGAACAAGAUGGCAACCGUGCCUCCAAAGACAAUUAUAUUAAUGAACAAAAUGGCAAACUGGGAGAGAAGGACAAAGUCAUCCAUAACCAGAAGGCUGAAAUUGAGCGUUUGAAUAAAGAAAACAAGAUGCAAGAGCAAAAGAUUAACAUACUGCAGAAGACCACCAAUAUUUACGAAGAAAACAAGCGUUCGCUGCAGCUGGAGCUGGAAACUAGAGAGCAGAGGCUGUACAGGGAGCUGUCGGAGAAGAGACGCAUGGAGCAGCGCAUGCAUGGCCUGGUCUCCAACACCCAGCACAAGUGGGAAAAAGAAUGUGAGAGGCGUGUCAAUGCAAAGCAGCUGGAGAUGCAAAACAAGCUGUGGGUAAAAGAUGAGAAGCUGAAGCAACUAAAGGCCAUCGUGACAGAGAAGGGGAUGCCAAGUUGUCCUGUGCCCCCUCCACGUCAGAUCCAGCCACAGCAGCCUCACAAGGCAGAGCGGCUCCCCGCCAAGAGAUCAGCUUCACCCUCGCCAGUACCUACAUCAACACCAGUGCGGCCUCUGCACCGACGUUCCCGCUCUGUUGAGGGGAGGUGGGUUGACCACAAGCCCGCCUCCAAUGUGGACUUGGAUACGGUUAUGCAGCCAGUAAUUCCCAAUGCCAUCAAGGUGUCAGCCCCCAACGAGAAAGCCCUCUCCAAGUGUGAUAAGUAUCUGCUGACUCACCAGGAGGUUGCCUCUGAUGGAGAGAUUCGGACCAAACUGAUAAAGGGUGAGGUUAUUAAAACCAGAGGGGGAGGACAGGCAGUCCAGUUCACUGACAUAGAGACCCUAAAACAAGAGCCUCCCAUAGCUCCAAGCCGCAAGAGGAGAUCGUCAGAGAACAGCCCAGCCAAGAAGGUUGAGCGAGAAAACGAAGACUGGACAGAUGUUGAAACAAGGUGUGCUGUUGCCAUGGAGAUGAGGGCUGGAUCAAAUAUGGGCCCUGGUUAUGAGCAUCGUCAAUACACUAAGCGAAGGAAACCAUAAGAAGAUCCCAACACCCGCUGCAUUCAUCACUCCCAAAUAUCAAGUAAAACUCCUUGCUAAAAAUUAAAUGGAGGCACAGGACAUUGUAGAUCUUUGAAUUUGUUAAGUGGGACUCAUUUCUAAAUGCCAUUACUCACAAUAUGUUAAACUUUUUAUAUCUAGCCUUAGUAAUGAUAUUUAAACAAUUUCUAUGCUUUCAUAUAUGCAAGUGUGUGUGUGUGUGUGUGUGUGUUUUUGUGUGUGUGUGUGUGUAUGUGUUUGUGAUGCGUGCGUGUGUACACUUUGUUUACCAAAGCGAAAAAUCCAAAUAUUUUAUAUCUUUCCAUAAAAUCAUGUGAUUCAUUCAAAGAGGGGAUAACUUCUUGGGUAUCAUGGCUGCGCUGCUUUAGAUUGCCCUUUUAUGGUUUUGUGUUUUUUUUUUUGUUAGUGAGUUUGUUUCUCUCUUCACACUUGUUACAUGUCACAUAAGAAAUCACUGGAUGUUAGUGAAGAGGCGCCAUACCAUAUACUUUAGUCCGCUGCAUACUGUAUUAUUCUGUGUCUUGCUUGGUGCCAUAAUAUUGAACCUCAGGUUUGAAUUUUGAUCGCUCAUUUAAUUUGGAUAUACAUAUUUUCAUCACUUUUGUUGUCAGCUGAGUAUAAAAUGCACUUUAUUCUUAAAUCUCUUCAAAGUGGUCUUCUUUCAAAUCAGAAUUAAGUCACAGAAUUAUUUUUUCUGGAUGUUAAGAAUCCCAUUUACCCAACAACCGAGUAGAUAAAACUAUUCAACUGUUACCAGCUUUGCUGAAAUUAUCUUACAAACAACAUUUUAACAUGUCAUAGCACAGAUUGUGAUUUCUUCUGAAAAUGUAUGAAUUAAA